AUGGGAGCAAGGUUUUCCAGACUGACUGAGUCUCUGUCCAGGAAAACUCGAAGUUCUUCUUCUGCAGCCGACCCGGCUGUUCUGUGUGAUUCUCCCAAUGGAAAUAGUGAAACCGGACACGACCCAGCUGUGCAUGGAGCUAGUCUGGAAGAUCGCAACUACAACAAUGAAACCUACAAGAAAAAGGCUGCAGACAAACAGGAAGUGCAGCAGAACGAGAACGCAGCCACCACCAUCCAGUCGCAGUUCCGGCAGCAGACCUCCAAGGAAGAGGUGAAAGUGUUGAGGGAAGAGGACGCAGCCAUCAAGAUCCAGGCAGGGUUCCGCGGUUACGUGGGCAGGGAGAAGGUCCGGAAAAUCAGAGACAACUCCGAUGAAGAGAAUGACGAAAAAGACACAACAGACUUUGACCUUUCCGCUCCGGACAUUGAACAGGCAGCUAUCAAAAUCCAAGCUGGGUUCAAAGGUUACAAGGCCAGACAAGAAUUGGCAUCGCAGAAUCAACGAGCAGAAGAACCAACUAACGACGAAGAGCCAGUCAAAGAGAGCAAAGACAAGCCGGAAGUGCAUCAAGCUGCUGCAAAGAUACAAGCUGGUUUCAGGGGCUACAAGACACGUAAAGAGUUAAAGGACGAGGCUCCUACCCAUGAGUCACCCACACAUGAGUCACCUACACAUGAGUCACCCACACAUGAGUCACCCACACAUGAGCCGCCACCAGCAGCAGCAGCAGCUAACCAGGACAACGAAGAACUGGAUGACAUUGAUCUCACAGACCCUGACCUUUCUAAGGCAGCCUUGAAAGUUCAGGCUGGGUUCCGGGGGUUAAAGUCCAGGAAGGAACUUCAGAUGAAAAAGGAAUUACAGAAACAACCACAAACAGAAGUACGGCAAGUUGACGAGGAGGUUGACAUUGAUUUAACGGACCCAGAUGUAGAGAAAGCUGCAGUGAAAAUUCAAGCAGGUUUCAAAGGCCUAAAAGCCAGGAAGGAGUUGACAAAGAAAACAGAGGCAAAAGAUGAAGACGAAGGAAAGAAAUCUCCAGAAAGAGAUGUUGGACGUGACAUUGAUCUGACUGAGGCUGAAAAAGCAGCUAUUAAAAUCCAGGCAGGGUACAGGGGAUACAGGACACGCAAGUCCUUGAAGCCAGCCACAGACAGUCCAGGACAAGAGGCUGCAGAUGAUAAAUACAGCAAUGCUGAGAAAGAUGUCGACACGGCCUCCACAGCAGCAGCAGCAGACGAUAACAACGAAGAAAUUGACAUUGACUUGACAGACCCUGAAGUUGAGAAAGCCACACUCAAGCUCCAGGCUGGGUUUAAAGGACUGAAAGCCAGAAAGAAGAUGCAAGAGGAAGCAGAAGCGCUAAAGGCGCAAGAAGAACCACCAGAAAAGGAUGACAAUCAGAAUAAUGAAGCAGGGUCUGUUUCUGAAGAUCCUAAUGAAGUUCCUUUGGAUCCCUUUGUUGAAGUGUCUGAGGAAAUGAUUGAGGGAAAUCUUUCAAAGCAGGAUCGUAUCGACAAUCAUUCAGGGCCUGACCCAGAAAAGGCUGCCGCGAAGAUUCAGGCAGGGUUUCGAGGAAUGAAGACACGGAGAGAGAUCAAGGCCAUCCGAGAAAGCAGGAAGGAAGUGGAGCAGAAGCAUCAGGACGCAGAGGAUGGUGAAGAAGAAACCGAGCAUAAUUUUGAGGAGGAACCAGAUGAAAUGUAG